UAUGCCACCCAAAACUAGCGGUAAGGCUGCCAAAAAAGCGGGCAAGGCGCAGAAGAAUAUCUCAAAAUCUGACAAGAAAAAGAAGCGCAGGAGGAAGGAAAGUUACGCCAAUUUACAUCUACAAAGUACUGAAGCAGGUACAUCCGAUACGGGUAUAUCCAGCAAAGCGAUGAGCAUCAUGAACAGCUUCGUCAACGAUAUUUUCGAACGUAUCGCUGCGGAAGCUUCCGAUUGGCACAUUACAACAAACGUGCCACGAUAACUAGCAGAGAAAUUCAGACAGCCGUACGACUAUUGCUACC